AUGUCGGAGCGGUACCCAGGUUACGUGCCGACGCCCUCGGGUCGCUCUCCGACUUUCAACCCAGCCAGAGCAUCUAUGCCAACUAGUGUAGGAUACAGCUCAAUGUACGCUGGAGACAUGCACGUCAUGCCGUCUGCCGGCCAAAGACACUAUACCACUCCGAGAGGCUACUCUACGUCUACGACUGCGUCGGGAGUUCCAACAACCACAAGGACAUAUGCUGUCACUCAGGACCCAAGAGCAAGCUCCAAGACCAGAGACGGCAGCAGAACGCGCCGGUCAACCUUGGACUCGACUUCAAGGCCGCCAGUUAUUAUUACUACAACACAUCUAGAUCGCCCUUACGGUUCUUCGUCUCAUUCAGCCCAUCCACGAUCUGGUAGUCCAGUAAGGGAUGAGUAUCGUGCGUCUGAUGGGCAAGUCUACUCACAGCCCGCGUCUUCAAUUCGGUCUCGAAGCGCGGCACGACCAUAUUAUGCGUCCUCUGGUGAUGACUAUGGCAGAUACAGAGACCGCGCCGACAGCCAUCUGACUUCGCGAGACCUCGAGGCUUAUCGCAAUUCUCGACCUUCUGUUGUCUAUCCGAGUGACCCAAGACACAGUACCGCCGCCAUUGAUUAUGGAGAUGAAGGCUAUCAGUAUACCAAUGCCGGUGAACUCGUCAGGUACGACCUGGAUCAGUCUAAGCCCAGCCGCUCGAGAAAGCAUGAGCGCCAUGAUAGUGUCGACACCGGAUACUACCGCCCAAACGUCGAUUAUGAUUUAGACCGGAGGAACCUCAAUGUAAACACAAGCCAUGACCUUAAUCGUACUCACAAUGCAUCUAGCAGGCAACACGAGGGUAGGGGCGGACCACCGCCUUCAACCCGUGGCUUUGAUAAGAUCAAUCGGGGGUACGAUUCCCGAGAUGUGCCUCCGGCGGCACCGGUUCCCCCGUCACCUACAACUGCAACCGCUCAGCUCGAGGUACCAGGAGGCUCUGGCAGCAGCAGGCGGCCACGGCCGCUGUCACUUCAUCAGGAUGGAGGACUUCGGUCGUCGCAUCAUGAUGAGUUUUAUCGAAGUCGGGAGGACGAGCGUGCAAUGCGUGAUCUGCGCGACAGGGAGCGAGACCAGGACCUGGAACGCCGUUCGGACCACCCCCGGUUCCAUGAUGAUAGUGUUGCAGCACGGGGCUUCGGAAUUCGCACCGACCUCCUCAAUCCUCCUGAAGAAGUCAAAGAACGUCUUCGGGAAGCACGCUCAGAUGAUCCUAGAAAGAGAUCCGACGAGGAUGUGCGGUAUGGAGCAGAGAGAGACAGAGAAAGCGACCGCUGGAAUCGCCACGACCCCAUAGACGACCGACGGGAUCGAAGACAGGCAAAGCGAGAAAGUGACGAAGAGAGUCAAGACCAGGACCGUUCGCGCACUCGCGAGACGCUUGCCAGUGGCGUAGGCGCCGUUGCUACCGCUGCCGGACUCGCAGCUUCAAGCAGGUCGGGGGACAAGAAAGACCAAGUGUCUCCUGGUCCAAGGAGGCGCCGCAGCCCGCCAGAGGAUCGCUCAACACGCAGGGAAGACAUUCUGGGUCAGGAUCCCCGUCAAUCUUUCGAGAGAAUUAGCCAGCCAGUGCGAGAGAAGGAGCCAGCCAGAGAGCGGGAGCCAUUACGUGAAAAAGAACCCCUGAGAGAGCAGGAUCCUAUUCGUGAGAGAAUUCCACCGCCAGAAAGGGAAGUCUUCCUGGACAAGGAACCUUUCCGAGAGCCGGAACAAAUCCGCGAAAAGGAGCCUUUGCGAGACAGGGAAGCUGCCCCUGUAAAAGAACCACGAGAACCGGGAGCAGACCUCGACCGGGAACCUGCUAGGGAGCGGCCCCGCGAAAAACAGCCUGCAAGGGACGAAAUGCACGAAGAUGGUAGUUUUGAGCGGCGACGACCGGAGCCGGUCUCUCGUGCAAACGGGGAGCCGGGUAGACUCACAGGGUCAGAUUCCGAUGAUACGAAGAAGUCAUACAAGCGGGGCCGUGCCUCUCAUGGAUUUAACCCCAAUGACGCAUCUGAUUUGAAACAACUGAAGGAACAGCUAGCCUCCAUGGAAAUAUCAGACAGACGCCAAGAAAAGGAAUCCGAGCGGCCCACCCCAAAGGAGAAAUCACGGGCUCGCUCGCCAUCUCCAUCAAAGGAGCGCCUGCCUGAAGGCUCAUCUCGUGACUCCUCUCGGGAAAAGCCUCAGGACGAGUCUCGUGGUCGAGAGAUUGUUGCACCUGCUUCUGACGCGAGGCAGGUGCGUCUUGUCUCGCCCCCGAAAGAUAAGUCGGACGGGAAACCACUGAAGGGGAUAUUGAAGCAACCGAAAGUUAGCUUUCCAGAAGAAGCUAAUCCAGUCCGCGAGGGUGUGGCUCCGCAUAAAGAGGAUAAAAAGCUGAAGGAGGCUCCCCCAGGAGCGAGAUGGACGAAGAUCAAUCGUAAGAUUGUCAACCCCGAGGCAUUGACCAUUGGCAAGGAGAGAUUUGAAGUUCGUGAUGACUUUGUCAUUGUGCUGCGAGUUUUGAGCAAGGAAGAAAUCCAGGCUUAUGCUGCAGCGACACAGGUUCUAAGAGAACGGCGACGCAACAAACACGAAGGAGAAAAUGAAGGGGAUGCUGAGCGGGGAAAAGAGCGUGAGGCCGAGCGUGAGGAAGGCGACAAGGAAGACCGUCAUCGCCAUCGUCGACGCCGGGGAAGUGACGAAGAAGAGAGCGAGGACCAACAGCGUGAGAGGAACCGAGAUCGAGAUCGUGACAGGGAGAGAGACCGUGAUCGCGACCGUGACCGAGAACGUGAAAGAGACAAGGAACGAGACAGAGACCGUGAUCGUGAACGCGAGCGCGAGAGAGACCGCCCGCGGGACCGCGAUCGUGACCGUGAGCGAGAUCGGGAGUAUGAACGAGACGGUGAUAGGCGGCGGCAUUACAGGAGAGAGGAGCCAGUCGAGUAUGAAAGCCGUCCACGAGAAGACCAUCACCACCACCAUCAUCACAACAAUCAUCGGUCAUUUAGGGAUCGAGAGCGGGAGCUCGAGGCAAAGGAUUAG